AUUCUAAAGAUAGUAAACCUUCAUCAACUUCUAAAAAAAGUAAUCCUACCCCAAAGUUGACGCCUUCGAGUUCUCAAGGAAAGGAGUUUCACCAUGAUUCUCCAUUUAAUAUUACCUCACCAAAAAGUGACCAAUGUUUUCAUCAGACUUCUGAUGUGACCAUUAGCUGGACUACUUCAAUUACUAACGGAUCGUAUCUUGCAAUGGUUGUAUUGGUAAAUAAUGCUGAAUCAUAUGGAGCUAGUGGACGUUUUUAUGUUUGCAAUUCAACGAUGAUACCACCGAAAGAGGAUGACGAUGAAUAG